CUUUGGCAAUAAGUCACCCCUAUUUGAUCCAUUAAGAAUGGUCAAGAAUUGACAUGUCAAUUACUUUGACCAGGCCGAUGUAGACGUGGUCACCAACCCACUAUUUAUAUAAGUUGGAGGCUUACAGUUCAAAUUGCGUGGGGAAGUUACAACCUCGUGGAAAUUGCAGUUAUAUUCAUGGUAGUAGAAGACAAACAGAAAAAUUUAAAAAAAAAAAAGCGCAAAUUAAUCCAACCCGUAAAACCAUGAAUGAAACUCUUUCUAGCUCUAGUGAAUGGAUGCAACUCUAUCAACAAACCAUUCAUACUUCUUUCGGAUUCUCCGAUUCCUAAGGGAUGUACAACAAAGCCUAUUCGGAGUCGAUCCAGAGCUUCUAAAAGGACACCCACCACACUCCUCGGUGCCGACGCUAAAAACUUCCGGUCCUUGGUGCAACAAUACACAGGCUGUCGCCGUUGUUGCACUUCCAUUUCAUUUGGCAACCCAAGAGGUCCUGUCAAUAUAGAUUUCGCACUUGGAAAGGAGCACGAUUAUCACAGUACUGAUCAUGCUUCAAUAUCGCAGCCUUUUUUUGAGAAUUAUUGGUCUCCGCAAUCUCAACAAGUGCAACAGCAAGAAGAUCAUCUACAACACUACCAGCAGGAGCAGCAGUUAAAUGAAGAACAAGAAUGCGAGUUUUCUUUUGACAGUAUCCCGGCUGAUGAUUUUCUUCUUACAUCAUCUUGUUUCCCUAGAAGAUGAGGUUCUGAGAUCACACAAGGGUUUGUCAUGGAUGAUUCGUAUUCUCCUUGCA